UCUUGCACAAUUCGGGUUUUGAGCUCUGAUUUUAGGCUUCUCAUGAUUUAUAUUAUUUCACUGCUUAAAUUACGAUUGAAUUUCUCGUUUAAACCCUUAGUAUCAUCAAAUUUUCUUCACUCUGACAUCAUUUUCUUCAUAAUUUGCUUAUACUGUCUCCGAUUUCGACUAAAAAUUUGACCUUUCACCAAUUCAAGCUCAAUUACCCAACUCUCCUUAAAAAGAAGAAAAAAGGAUCCAUUUUUCUCUCUUUAAAAAUGGGGGAUCGGUUAAGGACUCCUUCAAUGGAGGACUUGCCUUCGCAUUUGGUACUUGAUAUAUUGAUCUCAGGGAGGCUAAGUGCGGUUGAUUUGGCCUGUUUGGAGCUGACUUCAAGGACUUUUAGAGAGAAUCAUGGGUUGUUUUCCAAAGAAUUCCGGUCUUUUGUGGAUUUUGCUGCCUUUAGGCUCUGUCAGUUGCACCCAGUUUAUGCUUCUUUGCAUUUCAAUGCUCAGAAAGAGGCUCUGAAUAGGUGUAACGGUAAUUGGAAGCGGCUGUUGAGGUUCUUGCAGUCUGUGGAGAAAUCCUCGGACGUGGUUGAAACCUCUGCAGGCAAUCAGAUGCAAAUAAGAUGUGGUAGAUAUCACACACUGCUGAUCAAGGAUUCAGAGGUAUACUCUUGUGGUUCCAGCUUAUGCGGCGUUCUUGGUCACGGUCCAGAGACAACACAAUGUGUAGCAUUUACAUGCAUUAGCUUCCCAACUGCUUCACAAGUAGUCCAUGUGUCGGCCUCCCACAACCAUGCUGCUUUUGUUACUCAGUCUGGAGAGGUUUUCACCUGUGGAGAUAAUUCAUCGUUCUGUUGUGGGCACAGAGACACAAACCGUCCUAUAUUCCGGCCUCGUCUUGUUGAAUCACUGAAAGGAAUUCCUUGUGAGAAGGUUGCUGCAGGGCUUAGUUUCACUAUGUUCCUCUCAAGACAAGGCCAUGUCUAUACAUGUGGCACCAAUGCACAUGGUCAACUUGGACAUGGUGACACACUGGAUAGACCAACACCGAAAAUUGUACAAUUACUUGAACAUCUUGGUUCUAUAGUUCAUAUUGCUGCGGGUCCAAGUUAUGCUUUUGCUGUAUGCAAAGAUGGGACGCUCUUCUCUUUUGGUUCAGGCACUAAUUUUUGCCUGGGACACGGUGAGCAACAUAAUGAGCUUCAACCACGUGCAUUACAGUCAUUCAGGAGAAAAGGAAUUCAUGUGGUUCGUGUAUCUGCUGGUGAUGAACAUGUGGUGGCACUUGAUUCCUGCGGAUAUGUGUAUACUUGGGGCAAAGGUUACUGUGGUGCACUUGGCCAUGGAGAUGAAACUGAUAGGACGACUCCAGAGCUCUUGAGCAGCAUUCAGAGUCACCUUGCUGUGCAGGUCUGUGCAAGCAAGAGGAAAACCUUUGUUCUGGUGGAUGAUGGUUCUCUUUAUGGCUUCGGGUGGAUGGGGUUUGGUAGUCUGGGCUUUCCUGACAGGGGAGUGUCUGACAAAAUAUUAUGGCCUCGAGUUCUUGACUGCUUGAGAAACCACCACAUUUCCCAAGUUAGUACUGGGUUGUACCACAGUGUCGUGGUCACUAAUCAGGGACAAAUGUUUGGGUUCGGAGAUAACGAAAGAGCACAACUCGGGCACGACUCGCUCAGAGGAUGCCUUAAACCAACUGAAAUCUUUCUUCAGGAAAUAGAUGGCAUAGACCUUGUGCCAGAAAGUGCUGAAUAGG